CCCCUGAGGGCCGCGAUGGCGGUGGGCGGCGGCUCCCUCUUGGGCAGCGCCUCGACGUGGCCCUUGAAGCGCUACGGUCGCUUCCUGCCCCCGACGGACAGCGACGAGGAGCAAACCGCUUCCUCCUGGCAGGUUUUUGAAUCAAAUGAAGAAUCUGGUCAUCUUAUCCUUACCAUUGUUGUAUCUGGCCAUUUCUUUAUCUCCCAAGGGAGAACGGUACUGUGCCUGAAACUUAUGCACCAGGUUUUUGAGAUGAUAUUCACAACUCUACCUUGGGAAGGCUUUUCAUUAAUUGAUUGCCACAAAUGGUUAAAGAUAGUAAGAAGAGCAGACUGCCUGCUGCUUUGUGCAAAGUCAAAGAAUGAAUGCCGCAUGUUUAGAGUUCAGUUUGGUGGAGAUUCAAAACAACAGAUGUUGGAACACUGCUGCAACUGUGUUCAGAAACUUGCGGAGUACGUACCGGUUCAAGUAACCGAUGAACAAAGCCAGAACCUUUGCCACAGUCUCAGUGGUGCAAGUCAAGUGGAAGAUGCUGAACAAGUACUACAUGUACCAGAUGAGCCUCUACCAGAUUCCUACACAAGCCUUGGAGAAAGAAGAUCUGUAACACAGCUAGCACAGUCUGUGCUGAAACAGAAGUUUGAGCUCCCCCUUGUGUACCGGCAUUCAGUGUGGAGCGCACAAGAGCUGGGGCCCUUCAUUCGCUUAUGUCUUAUGGAUCAGAAUUUCCCAGCUUUUGUGGAAGAUGUGGAGAAAGAACUGAAAAAACUCGCAGAAGGCUGA